AUGGCGCCGCCCGCCGCCCGCCUCGCCCUGCUCUCCGCCGCCGCGCUCACGUUGGCGGCCCGGCCCGCGCCCGGCCCCGGCCUCAGCCCCGGCCCCGAGUGUUUCACAGCCAAUGGUGCGGAUUACAGGGGAACACAGAACUGGACAGCCCUGCAAGGCGGGAAGCCAUGUCUGUUCUGGAACGAGACUUUCCAGCAUCCCUACAACACUCUGAAAUACCCCAAUGGGGAGGGGGGUCUGGGCGAGCAUAACUAUUGCAGAAACCCAGAUGGAGACGUGAGCCCCUGGUGCUAUGUGGCUGAGCACGAGGAUGGUGUCUACUGGAAUUUCUGCGAGAUACCUGCUUGCCAGAUGCCUGGAAACCUUGGCUGCUACAAGGAUCAUGGAAACCCACCUCCUCUAACUGGCACCAGUAAAACAUCUAACAAACUUACCAUACAAACCUGCAUCAGUUUUUGUCGGAGUCAGAGGUUCAAGUUUGCCGGGAUGGAGUCAGGCUAUGCUUGCUUCUGUGGAAACAAUCCUGAUUACUGGAAGUAUGGGGAGGCAGCCAGUACCGAGUGCAAUAGCGUCUGCUUCGGGGAUCACGCCCAGCCCUGCGGUGGGGAUGGCAGGAUCAUCCUCUUUGAUACUCUCGUUGGCGCCUGUGGUGGGAACUACUCAGCCAUGACCUCAGUGGUCUACUCUCCCGACUUCCCUGACACCUACGCCACAGGGAGGGUCUGCUACUGGACCAUCCGGGUUCCGGGAGCCUCCCACAUCCACUUCAACUUCACCUUGUUUGACCUCAGGGAUUCCGCAGACAUGGUGGAACUGCUGGACGGCUACACCCACGGGGUCCUGGUCCGUUUCAAUGGAAGGAACCGCCCACCUCUGUCCUUUAACAUCUCUCUGGAUUUUGUCAUUUUGUAUUUCUUCUCUGAUCGCAUCAAUCAGGCCCAGGGGUUUGCUGUCUUAUACCAAGCCAUCAAGGAAGAAAAGCCUCAGGAGAGGCCCACUGUCAACCAGACGCUGGCCGAGGUGAUCACCGAGCAGGCCAACCUCAGCGUCAGCGCCGCCCGGUCCUCCAAAGUACUCUACGUCAUCACCACCAGCCCCAGCCACCCACCUCAGACCGUCCCAGGGUGGACGGUGUAUGGCCUGGCAACUCUUCUCAUCCUCACGGUCACAGCCAUUGUGGCAAAGCUACUUCUGCACGUCACAUUCAAAUCCCAUCGCGUUCCUGCUUCAGGGGACCUGAGGGCUUGCCAUCAGCCAGGGACUUCGGGAGAAAUCUGGAGCAUUUUCUACGAGCCCUCCACUUCGAUUUCCAUCUUUAAGAAGAAGCUCAAGGGUCAGAGUCAACAAGAUGACCGCAAUCCCCUUGUGAGUGACUAGAAGCCCCAGCGCCCAGGACACGAGGUCGCUCUGUGAGUUCCAGGCUGCUGGGGGGUGACCUCGGCCUCCUCGGAGGCACCUCCCACAGACUGGCAAGGGGCACCAUGCUGCUGGGGAGGCACAGCCUGGAUCCCUCCUGCUUCAUCAGCUGCACUUAGAGACUCAAGGCCCCAGUGUCGGCCCUCCCUCCACCUCUCCCUCUCAUCUAGGAAUGGGGGCAUCAGAGCAGUGGGACUGAGGUGACAGAGAUACAGGUGUAUGGUGCUGGGCUCGGGCACAUCCUAGGUGAGCAUCCGGUGGUGGGUUGGCCUGGUGGACAUUCCGUCUUCCUUGCCUCUUUGUUUUGUCCCCAUGUAGCUCAGUUUCUCCUGCUCUUUAUGGUUUGAAACUAGAGCAGAUGGGGAGAAUUCUUAGGUUCAAGGGUUGGCCUGGUCCCACACAAGUGUGGACCAUAGAGCAUUAGCCCCCCAGAAGCAUAACAAGGGCCUCAUGCUCUGUGCUGACUCGGGGGCUUUGCUGUCUAGGUGCUGGGCCAGGGUGGGCCUCCUCCACCCCUGGAGAGCCUGAGAGCGUAGUCUGGCGACCCCAUUCACGUCACCCUGACGCCUUCACUUAGGCUUCUUUCUCUACACUUCUUUCCAUAGCUCUGUGACCAGCAGAGCAAGCUUUAGGAGUGAUCAUACAAAGAAUCCAUUCAUUUAUUCACCCAUCAAACUUUACUGAAAGCUUUUAUAGGUAUCUUGUAACCACUUGUUGGAUUGGGUUUAUCUGGCCUCACUCCGGAGCAGCUUGUGGUGCUGUCCAGCCUGAGCCAGACCCCCGGUCUCUCUUAGCUGACUCUCAGUUCAGAACAGGGAGUAUAAACACUGUAGUUUAGCACUUGGGCAGCAUGAUGUGGGGCAUGGGGGCCUGCACUCCCUCCCUUUAGAUGCCUCCCAUUUUAAAAGGAGAUGAAAAAGCUCCAGGGCUGUGCUCUCUGCGGCCUCUUCUGCCCCUUCCCAUGAGGAUGGGGUGGAGUUAGGAAUGGCUGGUGAGGGCGGAGAGGGCUCUUUCCCCUGGCCCUAUACCACCCUGUCCCUCAGACCUGUAGGUGAACUGAAGAGAUUGCCAUAAGGGGUGAGAGGGAAGGAGCCAAAGAUCCUUCCAGGACAGGGCUCCCGAGAUUGAGAGCUCCAGCUGCAGCAACUGCUGGCACGUAAGUCCCAUCUCUAAUUUAGAAGUCUCCACUGCUUGCAAGCAGGCUUUGGCCACAGCAGCUGAGAGAAAAGCUGUCCACGCCUCUGGAGGCCAGGCCAUUUGUCAGAGUGUGAUUCUCCCAGAGGCACUCGGGCCUUGGAGCUUGUAUUGCUCCAGCCUUAGGGGUUCCCUGCUUGGAACUCAAUGCCUACCUCUCCCAGGCCCCCUAGCCACUGCCUGCUGUAGCCCUUCCUGGGCUUCUGCCACACUGGUGCUCCUGGGAAGACGGAAGGCAGUGUGGGGCCAGCUGGGAGGUGACCCUCAGCAACCUGGGUCCAGAAGAGAUGCCGGGAGAGGGCAGGCCAAGGGGCAGGUGGAGGAGGGAAGCCAGGCAUUGUGUCCACAGGACAGAGCACUGCCCAGGCACCGUGGGGCCAGCUGAGGGCACAGAGCUGCUCUGUACUGCCUUCACAUUUUGAUCCAGAAAGGGUGAUUAACCAGGAGCAGCUGUCCACAGGCCCCUGGGUCUGAGGACAAAGGCCUGUUACAGACAAGGACCCAGGAAACAUACCGGCAUGUGCGCUUUCCACUCCAUGCUAUCCCUGGCUUUUGUGGCAUCU